CGCGGUAGAGCGUGAUGUAUUGGUACUGUGUUUAUCGCAAAUAUCUGAAGUCCGCUUUAUGCUUAGUCCUUAGCCCUAAAGUUGACAUUUUUAAAAGAUGGCUACAUUGAAAGAAUUGAAUUUUCACCUGUCAAAAAAUUUUAUUGAUGCAAUUGAAAAUAAACAAAAUAAAUAAAGUAAAUGUGAAAUAUCGAAUAACUAUAAUAUUAUGAAAAUAAGUGCAAUUUGAAUAUUUAAAAUGAAUUUCAACGUUUGUGAAGGUUGCUUAAGCAAAAAUAGAAACUUAAAGACUGUGGAUGAGACCGAUAGAAAUUUAUUUUACAGUUUUAUCAAUAUUAAUUAUAGCAAAAAUCAGUUGGAAUUGUGCUGGGAGUGCAGAGCACUAUUGAAUAAGUUUCAGAGGUUCAAACACCAGAUCAGACAUGCACAUGACAUACUCGUUAGUUAUAUGCUUCAUCACUCAACGAUAGCAUCACUCUCCAAUCUCACGACGAGCCUGUGUAAAAAUGAAAUUAUAUAUGAUAGCCAAAACGCUAGCAGUCCGGAAACGCCAUCAUUGGCGUUCGUUAAGAUUGAAGACGAAGAAAAUGAUUGCAAUAAUACGAAUGGAGUCAGUGACGUGAGGGAUGGAGACGAUGACGACAGAGAAGGCGAGUUGAUGAUCGAUCUUAAAUUAGAUCCAAUUGAACAAGAAUCGUACGCGACCGGACGUGACGUGGAGUCCGGUAUCAACGACGACAAGUUCAACGACUCAGACGACGAACCUCUGAAAACUGUGAAGGAAGAGAAAAAUAAAGGAAUGAGAAAAUUUGGUGAUAAAAAUAAAAUAAACUCAACAAAGGACACGAAACGCGAGCCGUCCCCAGGGGUGGUGCGGAACGCGCGAGUCAGCAAAAAGCUGCAACAGCUGAACGUCAGCAGCGAUCAGCUGCAUAUGGUAGUGCUGACCUGGGAGGAGGUGGAGGCGGAACGUCAGCGCGCACUGCAGAGCGAGUCGUUUACGCGUCACGAGUACCGCUGCUACGACUGCGCGCUCGGGUUCAACCACCGCUGCAAGCUGGAGGACCACAUGAAGAAACACGAUCCUUCGUCCGGCGCCGCCGAGUGCUCAGUGUGCCGCGUGCGCUGCCGCGACCGACACGCGCUGGCCGCGCACCGCCGCCGGCACCGCGUGCGGUGGCGCUGCUCGUGGUGCGGCUGCGACUGGUCGCGCGCGGCGGUGUGCGCGGACCACGUGGCGCGCGAGCACGGCGGGGACACGCCCACGCACACCUGCUCCGUGUGCGGCCUCGUCGAGACAUCUCUAGGAAAAUUGCGAAACCACGUCAAAAACCACUCGGAGCGGCAGAAGUGCGAGCUGUGCGGGAAGACCUUCCGCGACCGGACCUCGUUGAGGACGCACCUCUUCAUUCACAAAGGCGAGAAGGAAUACGAGUGCCCUCGGUGUGGGAAGAAGUUCCUCUUCAAGAAGGCGAUGGAGAUCCAUCUCGUGACGCAUGACGAGUCCGCGCAUUUGUACUGUCAUCAGUGCGACAUGAACUUCAAGAACCGCAUGUCGUACAACCAACACUUGAAGUACAAUCUGAAACACAUCGACCCGGCCAAACUCAAAUACGCUUGUCAGUUGUGUGACAAGAAGUUCGUGAAGGCGACCCGCCUGGAGGAGCACAAGCUCGCCGUACACCUCAAGGUCACCCCCAUCGCCUGCUCCGUCGCCGGCUGCAACUUCACCUGCUCGUCCAGGCCCGUGCUGCGGACACACAUGCGAAUGUUGCACCGCAACGCGCGACUCGCGCGCAAUCACGUGUGUGACGUCUGUGGGAAGACUUACACCACCAAAAAGAGCCUGGAGGGGCACCUGCGCACGCACACAGGCGAGCGGCCCUUCCGCUGCGACAAGUGUCCGGCCGCCUUCGGCUACGAGGCCGCGCUCUACAACCACAACAAGCUGGUACACUUGAAGCCUAAGUGUGGCCGCAGCCGUAUGGCAGUAGACUGGAACAUCAACGUGCCGGCACCGCCGCAAACGUCCAACGAACUCACAUAAUGUACUUAUUGAUUAAUAAUAUAUAUAUAAUUU